AAAAGACACAGACACCAAACGAGUGUACAACAGUUACAACAAAACUUUAUACUUUAAAACAAUAAUUUAGUUUUAUUUCCUUUAUUUGUUUCUAUUUUAACUUUUUUCCGCAAGUAGUGGAGAAAAACAGUGUUUUUGUGAUAGAAAUCCUUUUAACGUAAAAACGUUUUAACAAACAUAAAUAAAAUGAAGCCUUUUUGUGUGGUUUUAGUGGUUUUGUGCGCUGCUAGCAUGGCUUCAGCUCGUCCUGAACCCCCACGUGAUAGUUAUGCAGCUCCACCAUCCAGCAGUUACUCAGGCCCACCAUCUAGCAGUUAUUCAGCACCUUCCAGUAGUUAUGCACCCAGUGUGCCCAGUGGUAGUUAUGGUGCUCCACAACCCGUCUAUGGUCCACCACAACAACCACCAGUGAUACAUAAGCAUGUCUAUGUUCAUGUACCACCACCAGAGCCCGAGUAUCAAGCACCCAGAAAACCCAUUGUUGUGCCUCCACCACAAAAACACUACAAAAUUGUGUUCAUUAAGGCUCCAUCACCACCAGCACCCACUGCACCCGUUAUACCACAAUUGCCCCAAACCGAAGAGAAAACUUUGGUCUAUGUGUUGGUCAAGAAACCCGAAGAGCAACCCGAUAUUGUUAUACCCACUCCAGCUCCCACACAGCCCAGCAAACCCGAAGUUUACUUCAUUCGCUACAAGACCCAAAAGGAAGAGUCCGGUCCCUAUCCCAACAGUAUUGCACCUGCUCCUUCUGGCGAUUAUGGUGCUCCAGCUGGUCCCUCUGCUCCUUCGGCGCCCAGCUCUUCAUAUGGUGUACCCCAUUAAAGCUUUUUUUAACGAAGAAAAAAAAAAAACGGGAAGAAAUCUUGAAUACAAACAAAAACAAAUACUCAUUCAAAAAGCCUUCUAAGGGGCUUUUAUAGUGAAUUAUUUCACUAGAAAAAGGGAAAAGUAAACUCUACGCAAGAUUCAUUAGUUAAAAUAAGAAACUCUCUUUCUCAUUCUCUCUAGCUAAACUCUAAAACUUUUACUCAUUCUUUGUCUCUCUCUAGAAACUACUCUUUUACAGAGUAUCUUACUAUAAACCCCUCUUUAAUUUUUUUUAAUUAUUAAGAUUUUUUUACAUAUACAUUUUUUAUAAAAAAGUUGAACAAAAAAACUUUUUUAACGUGUGACAAAUUUAUUUAUAAGUAUUUUUUAGCAUUAUUUGUUGUUUCUCAUAGGAAUAUUACGCAAAAAAACAGAAAAGUUAAGUUAAAAGUUAAGAGAACAGUAUUUAGUUAAGGGAAACAAGUCGCUCUUAAUAUCCUUUGACUUGCUGUUCCUCUUAGUUAGACUGUUUGUUUCAUUAAAAAAAAACUCAUUAUUAUAAAUACAUAUUUUUUUUAAUUUUAUACAUUUAGUUUAAACAAAUAUCUUUUCACUAAAUUGUUUGUUAAAUCAUUAAUUUUUUUGGUUAAUUUUUCAUUAAAUAUUUUGGAAUUUGAAUGUUUUUCAAAGCCUUGUCACUUUAUACUCCACAAAUUUAUCUCAUCUAACACAUUGUUUUGUAAAACACUUUUUUGUUUGUUUAAUGAAAUUUUUUUUUCUAAUUUUUUUUUAUAAAAUAAAGUUUUGUAAAAAAUACAA